AGCUCAUGAUGAAAGUCGUGCUUAGGAGACAAACAAAAAUGAGUCUCAUAGACGUAACCAAAAUUUUCUCCAUGCUCCAGCCCUGCGAAGAUGAAGAUGAUGAUGGAGAGAGGCAAGAGUUGAACCAAGCGGUGUCCCAAGAUGAUUACCAAACUGUAGAUAAACUCUUGUGCCAAGACAGAUACAAAAGAUUUAUCAACAGCAGAAGUGGCUGGGGUGUUCCUGGGACUCUGCUUCGCCUAGCAGCGUCUAAGGGCCACCUAAGAAGUUUAGGAGUUCUCCUGGCUCACGGAGCAGAGGUGGACAGCCUGGAUGUGAAGGCACAGACUCCGCUGUUCACUGCUGUUAGUAAUGGCCACCUCGACUGUGUGAAAGCCCUGCUGGAGGCAGGGGCCUGUCCUUCUGGCAGCAUCUACAAUAACUGUUCUCCCCUGCUCACAGCUGCUCGGGAUGGAGACCUCAGUAUUCUCCAGGAACUCUUAGACCAUGGGGCAGAAGCUAAUGUUAAAUCAAGGGUCCCAGAUUGGGCUGCCAAUACUGCAGCUUGUUCUGGCCCUUUGUACCUCUCUGCCGUCUAUGGACACCUGGAAUGUUUUAAGAUGCUGUUACUUUAUGGAGCUGACCCCGAUUACAACUGCACUGAUGAGAAAAUGAUUGCACGCAUCAAGCGGCCCAAGACACUGCUUGAAAUCUGCCUGAGACAUAGCUGUGGGAGUGAGUUCAUAAGAUUGCUCAUUGAUUUUGGAGCCAAUGUGUACUUACCUAACAUUGCAGUAGAUAAGAUCUCACCGAAGACUGAGGGUCUGGAACUGCUGAUCAGGGAAAGAGCUCAUCCCAAAUCCCUGAUGUCUCAGGCUAGGUUGGCUGUCAGGAAGCUUCUGAAACGUGCCAGGAGAGCCCGAGCCAUAGAUCAGCUGGAGAUUCCACCUGUGCUAGUGAACUACCUCAAGCACCGAUAGUAAGCGGGGAUCAGAGUAAUACCCUGGAAGAGUUACAAAGCUCAAGACCAAAGCCUUGCAUAAUGUGUUGACCACCUGGCUAAGAUGAUGUUACAGAAUAGCAAUUAUAUGUGUAUUGCUGCCAUCUAUUGCUCAUCUGUGCUGUCUGCAUUUGCUUGCGUUAGACCUCUGAAAGGCAUGUUCGCCAUUUUGAAAACAAACCACAUAAAAGGUAUUGAGGACAGAAGCUGAAGGAAAAAGAACGAGCUCCCUCAGUGUGCUGAAAGGCCCAGCGUGUGGUGUUAGAAAAGAAUCAGGUUUAAUUGCUUUAGAUCAUCUUGGUUUUCUACCCUCAUAUUUUAGUACUUUGACCUCUUCCUAUUAGUGACUGUUAAGUGGAGACAGAGUCCAUAGGGCUGUGGCAGAACAAAGCAAAAUCUGAAGGAGAAAAACAAAGAAAAGAAAAGGGCUGGUUUUCCCUCCUGCCUUUAACCAGGAAAGGAAAGAUGGUACAAUAGGGUAAAGAGUACAGUAGUUGAUCUUUCCUCUGGAGUGUGACCUUAGAUGAAUGUAAUUAUUUAAUGGUCUUAUUUUACUUUUGAAAAUCAGUUUCCUGGGAAGUUGUACUGUUGCUUAUCAUGCUCUCUCAGCUGGAAUUAGAAGCUGCAAUCAGACUUGUGAUUUACAUAAGGUGUGUGAAUUUUGGAACUGAUAAAAGUUGUCAGUCUGGAGCCCUCCAUGUUAGCUACAAACAGUAAAUGGGUAAGGUGGUUGGAGAAGAGCAGUACUCGCCUCUUGCCCUUCUUCACAAAGCAUAACUUAUUUCUUAGCAAGUCCCAGGAGAAGAAGGCAUAUCAGUCUCCACAGCCUAUUCUCUGUGGCCCCUGCUAGGACUGAGAGGGACAAGAACAAGACUACCUGAUGCUACCCAUUAGUAGUUGGCCUGAGACCAUCUGCUCAUUUGUUGGAAGAUCCUUCAGGCAAUGACCAUAUUGUCUCCACUAUUUUGUACAGCACCAAGGGAGUGAUGGAUACAGGAAUACCCAUCUAUAUAGCAGCCAUUCAAUGGUAACAGCUUCCAGUCAAGGGCUGGAUCUGAAAUGGUGACUUGAACAAAAAUCUGCAUAUUCUAUAAUGGAUCUCUUGAGCCUUUCUGUCCCUAUAUGUUUAAAAGUUAAAACACACUGGCAGGAGUAUAAACAAAUGGGUUCAGGUGGGAUGAAGGGGACAGGAGCUUCUCCUAAUCUGUUGCAUGCUUCUGAUUUUACAGUUUAAAAAAGGCAUAUCCUAGUCCUAAUUAAUCAGUUCUGGCUUGUUUGAUAACUACUGUUUAAUUGUUAACUGGAGAGACUUGCUGCCUUCUGGUGUCAUAUGAAAGUAUGA